AUGUCGACAAAUUUACUGUCUAGAUCUGCAUCUGCUUCACAGAGCUCGGGCUCAAAAAAAUCUGGUGGGUUGCGCUCGGCAUCUAUUGGAAGCUCCAACUUCUUCAAUAAGGAUGGUCUGUCCUUUUUCAGCUUAGAUCACUCGGGCUCCGCUGACGACCUGAUCUCCGAAAUCAAGGGGAAGGAUUUUUCCCUGGAGGCCCGUGUACCCUCGGAAUUGGACAUUGUCGGUGCUUUGGGCACCUUGAACUUGGAUGAGGACUUCGACGAAGGCAGCGACCCGAAGAGUCCAAACUCGUCAACCUCCACGUCCAAGAGCCAGGCGACCAAGUCGUCAACUCCAUUUGCGCAGCCACAAAUCUUGCCAACCCUGGCCUCGGUUGCCUCGCCAGUAGGUGCCACUUUGGCAGGCAAACUGGGCUCGUUGACACCUCAGCCUGCUCCAGUCUCCGGGUUUGGCUCUGCCCACGCUGUCCCUGGUUCUUUGAACACGCCGCCCACGAACUCGUGGACAAACACCUUCGUUCCACUUUCGGCUCCUCCUUUUGCUUUUCCUGUAGAGGACAAGUCCGCUGACAUUGCCAUGGGUGUAACACCUCUUGAACUUCCUGAUGACAAGCCUGACUCAUCGGCAUUGCACUCUGCGGAGAUUCCAGCACCUCAUCACAGCGACCUGAUGUCCAUGUCGUCUCAACCUUUGCACCCUCUUGGAGGUGUAUUAGACUCUCGCUUUGCUUUCGGGAACUUCUUUAAUGUACCAGGCAUGAAUUAUGGACCGGAAAACCCUGGCGGGCAAUUCUCUCACAAGGACGCCCAGCAUUACGGUGCCGAUAAUAAUAAUGUUUUGAAUGAUAAAGGUGGUGAACAAGUCCCUGCAUUUGAUGUUGGCAGUACUGAUCAGUCCAAUGCACUUCCUCAUCCCGGUACCGCCACGAUGUGGAGCCAACACCCCUCCUUCUUGAACCCUCAAUUCAUGUCGGCAAGGCCCCCUCAAAAUUUGGACGCUAGGAUGAUGCCUAACCCUAUGGGACAAUUUGAUAAUGGCCACCCUAACUUCAUUAACCCAGCUUUACAGCCUCGUUACAAGGAUAGUGGCUUUUUGAACUACGCAAAUAACGGGCCUGGGCCUGGCCCAUCUUCUGGUGGCAGCCAGCCAAGGCACCACAACGGAAAUCGUCGUCACCCGAAUAUGAAUCUGGGUGUCAAUGUGCAUCGGAAAAUGCACAACUCCAACAGAAGGAAGGGCGACGAUGCGUCAAAGUAUGCAAAUGCGAAGUUGGAAGACUUCACCGGAGAAAUUUACUCAUUGUGCAAGGACCAGCACGGCUGCCGGUUCUUGCAGAGACAGUUGGAUUUAGGAAGCGAGGCGGCUGAGCGUACAGCCAAGUCCGAUCUGUCAGUGAUGACAAAUGUUGUCGCAGCCACUGUCAUUUUUAACGAGAUUUACUUGAAGGUUGUUGAGUUGAUGACAGAUCCAUUUGGAAAUUAUUUGAUCCAGAAAUUGGCAGAAAAUGUAUCGCCUGAUCAGAGACUCAUUUUGGUGAAAAAUGCUGCGCCAGAGUUUGUUCGUAUCGCAUUGGACCCUCACGGAACUAGGGCAUUGCAGAAGCUUGUGGAAUGCAUCUCAACUACAGAGGAGAUUCAGCAAAUCAUCAAAAGCUUGGCACCUCAUAUCGUUACGUUGUCGAGGGAUUUGAACGGAAAUCAUGUGGUGCAGAAGUGCUUGCAGAAAUUGAGCCCUGAAAACAAUCUGUUUAUUUUUGACACGACAUCUGCUCAUUGCACAGAAAUCGCAACUCACAGGCAUGGGUGUUGUGUUUUACAGAGAUGUCUUGACCACGGUAAUGAUGAACAGCGUAAACAAUUGUCCCUCAAGGUGGCGGAGAAUGCGACCCGCCUAGCAUCCGAUCCCUUUGGCAAUUACGUUGUACAAUAUGUACUUUCUCGCGGUGACUCGGAGUCUAUUGAGAUCAUCUUAGAGCACAUAAAGUCGAACAUCAUUGCAUUAUCCUUGCAUAAGUUCGGCUCGAAUGUAAUCGAAAAGUCCUUGCGGAUCGAUGAAUUGACUGACAGGGUGAUGGAAGUUUUGUUGAACAACAGCGACAAAUUUCCUCUGUUAUUGAAUGACCCCUACGGAAACUACGUAUUGCAAACCAGUUUGGACAUGGCCAGCAGCAAAGACUUGGCCAAGUUGGCCGUUUCUUUACAGCCUCUAUUGCCAGGCAUCAAGAACACUCCCCAUGGGAGACGCAUCUUGACUAAGAUUCAGAACAUUGUCUGA